AUGGCGCCCAUAAAAAGGCAUUUACAUCAAUGGAAGCAUCCAUUCGAUUCUAAUUAUCCAUUUGAAGCAGUAUUUAAUGGAUCAUGGCAACCUGUGGAACUCUUAAAAAUAGAGUCAGGAAAAACAACCUUACGUUUCAUUGAUACUGAACAAAUUCAAAGCACUUUGUCAUCCGAUAUUCGGAUAAGAUCAAGGAAAGCUACUUCAUCUGAUUGCUCCAGCUUUUUACGACCUGGAAUUGAUAUAUCUAUGCUAUUAGGCUAUCGAUACAAUGAUAAUUCAGAUCAAUUUAGGUCUAUUCCAAUGUGGAUUGAUGCAAGAAUAAAUUCUAUACAUAGACAACCUCACAAAUCCGAUCAAUGUUCAUGUCAAUUUUAUGUAAACUUUUAUGACGAUCAAGGUUCACUUGGUACAGAGGUAAAAACUCUUAAUAAAGAGGUUAAUGCAAUUGGAAUGGAUCAAAUUUUCAUCCUCCAAAGGCUUCAACAUAAUACUUGUGAAGGCUUGUUAAAAGAAAAUGAUACCUCUGAAAUUAAGCCUUAUAGGUGGGAUUCAUCAGAAGAUUGCUCUUCAUUAUCACAAUCUAGAUUACUUGUUGGGAAAUUUUCAUCUGAUCUUUCGUGGUUUGUAAUUACAUCUUUUUUAAAGAAGGUUUCAUUCCAUAUAAGAUCUGUGCAAAACAAGAUUGUGUAUCAAGUUAUGGGAAAUGAUACUGAUAUUAUUAGUCCUUGGCUUAUAAAUGUUGUGAACUUCAGCUUAAAAAAGGAAUCACUAGUACCUAUUGUUUCUCAAUUUGAUGUAUUUUAUGAUUAUGAUGGAGAAGAAGAUGAAGCGCCACCAAAUCCAUCAAAUGAAGUUGAAGGCUUGCGACGUUCGAAACGUAGGAAUGUACAGCCUGAGCGUUACGUAGGUUGUGUUGUUGAGAAGUUGGAAGUGGGUAAUUUUCGAACGUGUCCCUACAAGAGAACAACUUAUAUGAUAGAAGAUGAAAACUCUUCUUCAGAUUCAGAAGAGGAUGGUGGUAAGAGUGAUCAAAAGGUUAAUAAGGUGAAUCAUUGCAAAGCUAUUAAUGUGAACACAAGGAACAAAAAUGAUGAUGGUGAUGGCAAGUUUAAGGUACAUAAAACUGAUGACAUUUCUUCCAAAUAUCAUUAUUUGACUAAUUAUAUUUCUAGUGCAAAGAAGAAUGGUGCUGAUGUGUUGAAUUUGGAGUACGGAAAUGAGCCUACAACAAUAUCAAGUGAUGAAGAAGUUGAUGGUAAUGUUACUUUGAGAGAUUAUAAUAGUUUCUUCAAGGAGAAGAUUAAGAGGAAGAGACUUCAUGUUGUGGAUGAUAUGGAUUUUGAAACCAAAUGGGAAGGGAUACAUUUCAAAAAGGGAGCUCCAACAGAAAAUUUUCAUUCGAGUUAUUUGUCUAACAGAAGUCAUGUUCAUGAAGAACAAGAUCAUAAAGGCGGUAGAACAUUCAAUGCUGAUGCCCGCAAGGAAAUAAUAGAUAGUUACAUGAAGAAUUUCGAUAGUCUACCAACUGAAGAAGAGCCUACUGUAAAUGAGAACCGGAAGGAAACAAGCAUGUUGGAGAAAAAGGAAGAAGAAAAAGUAUCGAAAAGCGAUGAUGAGGAAGAAAAUGCUGAUGAUUUGGAUGCCUUGUGGGAAGAAAUGAAUACAGCUUUGACAUCAAGUUAUCUUCUUGAUGGAACUGCGGGUUCAAGUUCUGAAGUUGUAGCUGAUACCAAGAAAGAAUUCAAUGAAAGUUGUGAACAUGAUUAUAGAUUGGAUGAAGAAAUUGGAAUAUACUGUCUUCGAUGUGGAUUUGUGAAAACUGCAAUACGGGACAUUUCUGAGCCAUUUGUGGAAUGCCCAAAGAGGUACAAAGAGGAGAAACAGUGCAGUGAAGAAAAUAAGGAACAUAAAUCAGAGCCAAAAGUUGAUGAAGAUUAUAAUAAUGAUAUGUUCUCGACUCAUGUUACUGAUCCUGAUGAACCAUUGACUAAUGAAAUCGACAAUGUUUGGGAAUUGAUUCCUGAACUUGAAGAAAAGAUGCAUGAACACCAGAAAAAAGCUUUUGAAUUUCUUUGGCAAAACAUUGCUGGCUCUAUGGAACCAUCACUCAUGGAAGAAAAAUCCAACUCAAGUGGUGGCUGUGUUAUAUCACAUGCUCCUGGAGCAGGAAAAACCUUUCUCAUCAUUUCUUUUCUUGUAAGUUACUUGAAGUUAUUUCCAGGGAAACGACCUCUAGUCCUAGCUCCAAAAACCACACUCUACACGUGGCGAAAAGAGUUCAAAAAAUGGAAGAUUUCUGUGCCGGUUUAUCUUAUCCAUGGCCGUCGAACCUCUCCAGGUUCAAGUUCGACGACACCAAAAUCAAUGAUUCUUCCUGGAUUUCCAAGACCUUCUAGUGAUGUCAAACAUGUUUUGGAUUGUCUCAGCAAGAUACAAAAGUGGCACUCACACCCUAGUGUUCUUGUCAUGGGCUAUACUUCAUUUUUACAAUUAAUGAGAUCAAAAGAUACAAAAUUCGAACACAGAAAAUACAUGGCUAAAGCAUUGAGAGAAAGCCCUGGAAUCUUGAUACUUGAUGAAGGACACAAUCCUAGAAGCACUAAAUCAAGGCUGAGGAAAUGUUUAAUGAAACUUCCAACAGAAUUGAGAAUAUUGCUCUCUGGCACAUUGUUUCAGAACAAUUUCUGUGAAUAUUUCAACACACUUUGUUUAGCUAGACCGAAAUUUGUUCAUGAAGUUCUACAAGAGUUAGAUUCUAAAUACCGAAGGAAAGGUGGAAAAAUAGCGAAGAAAGAACGUCAUUUGCUUGAGGCGCGCGCGAGAAAAUUCUUUUUGAACAACAUUGAAAAGAAAAUUAACUCGGAUAUUGAUGAGGAGAAGAUGCAGGGUCUAUAUGUGCUGCGAAAAAUCACUUCCAGUUUUAUUGAUGUGUACGACAGUGGAAAUUCUUCUGAGACUCUUCCUGGUUUACAAAUAUAUACAUUGCUCAUGAAUACGUCCGACGAACAGCAUGAGAUUGUACAGAAACUUCAGAAGAAAAUGGCCGAGAGUACCAGUUACCCUCUUGAGGUUGAGCUUUUGAUAACACUCGGAUCAAUACAUCCAUGGUUGAUCAAAACAGCUGCAUCAUGUGCAACUAAGUUUUUUGCGGAGGAAGAAUUGAAGAAACUAGAAAUAAGCAAAUUUGAUUUGAGAAAAAGUUCCAAAGUAAGAUUUGUUUUGAGCCUAAUCUCACGAGUAGUGAAAAAUGAAAAGGUUCUUAUCUUUUGUCACAACCUUGCACCUGUGAGAUUCUUAAUAGAGUUAUUUGAGAAAUAUUUUCAGUGGCAAAAUGGUAAAGAGAUUAUGGUACUAACCGGUGAGCUAGACUUGUUUGAAAGAGGGAAAGUGAUAGAUAAAUUUGAAGAUCAAAGCAGCGGUUCAAAGAUACUUCUUGCUUCAAUCAAUGCUUGUGCUGAAGGUAUAAGUUUAACAGCAGCUUCUAGAGUGAUUUUUCUGGACUCUGAAUGGAAUCCUUCAAAAACAAAGCAAGCUAUUGCACGCGCUUUUCGACCGGGGCAGCAGAAAAUGGUUUAUGUGUAUCAGUUAUUGACGACCGGGUCGAUGGAAGAAGAUAAGUAUAGAAGAACUACUUGGAAAGAGUGGGUUUCUUGCAUGAUUUUUAGUGAGGAGUUUGUGGAAGAUCCUUCUAAAUGGCAAGCAGAGAAGAUUGAAGAUGAUAUACUUAGGGAGAUGGUUGAAGAGGAUAAGUCUAAAGCUAUUCACAUGAUUAUGAAGAAUGAAAAGGCUUCAACAAUCUAA